AUGGACAUCAGCGAAGAAGUCAGGGCGGCUCACCGCCGUGAGCUCACUACCUUCUUGGAAGACGGAGUACGUCGCCUCUCUCUCUCUCUGUACAUGGACGACAUCAAGGCCGUCCUCAACCGCAAGGACCGCCGCCUCAUAGUCAACAUCUCCGAUCUCCACUCCUACAGCGACCUCGGCAACAGGAUUCUGAGAAAUCCGAGUGAUUAUAUGCAAGCGUUCAACGAUGCGGCGACGGAAGUGGCGAGCAAGAUCGAUCCGAAGUACUUGAAGUCCGGGGAACAGCUUCACGUAGGGUUUAAUGGCCCCUUUGUAUCGCGCGGCAUCACGCCGAGAGAUCUGCUCUCUGAGUACAUUGGUUCCAUGGUUUCGGUUCGCGGCAUUGUCACCAAAUGUUCUCUUGUGAGGCCGAAAGUUGUUAAGAGUGUACAUUUUUGCCCUACAACCGGAAAUUUUAUGACUCGUGAGUAUCGAGACAUUACAUCCAACAUGGGUUUGCCGACAGGAACAGUUUAUCCCACCAGGGAUGACAAUGGCAAUUUAUUGGUAACUGAGUAUGGAUUGUGCAAAUACAAAGAUCAUCAGACUUUGUCGAUGCAAGAAGUGCCUGAGAACUCUGCUCCUGGUCAGCUUCCUCGAACAGUGGAUGUCAUAGUUGAGGAUGACCUGGUAGAUAAGUGCAAACCAGGAGACCGUGUGGCUGUUGUAGGGAUUUACAAGGCUCUUCCUGGUAAAAGCAAGGGAAGCGUGAAUGGAGUAUUCAGGACGGUUCUCAUAGCUAACAAUGUCACUCAGCUCAACAAAGAGGCCCAAUCGCCACAGUACAAUGCUGAAGACCUGACAAAUAUAAAAAAGAUAGCAGAGAGAGAUGAUGCAUUUGACCUGCUCGGCAAUUCACUCGCACCUUCGAUUUAUGGACAUUCAUGGAUAAAGAAAGCAGUGAUACUAUUAAUGCUUGGGGGAGUAGAAAAGAACUUAAAGAAUGGCACCCACUUACGUGGUGACAUUAACAUGAUGAUGGUUGGUGAUCCUUCUGUUGCCAAGUCUCAACUUUUAAGAGCUAUUAUGAAUAUUGCUCCGUUGGCAAUAUCAACUACUGGCCGGGGUUCUUCGGGUGUUGGUUUGACAGCUGCUGUUACAUCAGAUCAAGAGACAGGAGAGAGAAGGCUAGAAGCUGGUGCCAUGGUUCUUGCUGAUCGCGGUGUUGUCUGUAUUGAUGAAUUUGACAAAAUGAAUGAUCAAGAUCGUGUUGCCAUACAUGAAGUUAUGGAACAGCAGACUGUCACUAUUGCCAAAGCUGGAAUCCAUGCAUCUCUCAAUGCCCGGUGCAGUGUGGUGGCUGCCGCAAAUCCCAUAUAUGGUUCUUAUGAUCGUUCAUUGACACCAACAAAGAAUAUCGGACUUCCAGACUCUUUGCUUUCUCGUUUUGAUUUGCUUUUUAUUGUAUUGGAUCAAAUGGAUCCUGAUAUUGACCGUCAAGUCUCAGAGCAUGUACUGCGUAUGCAUCGGUAUCGUUCUGCAUCUGGAGGUGAAGCAAUGCUUGAUGCGAACUCAGGAUAUGGAGGAGAAGAUGAAAUGGAUAACGACACCACUGUAUUUGUCAAGUAUAACCGAAUGCUUCAUGGAAAGAAAACAUCUAGGGGUCAGAAGCGUGAUACUCUUACAAUCAAGUUUCUAAAGAAGUACAUUCAUUAUGCCAAGCAUAGGAUUCAGCCUGAUCUGACUGAUGAGGCAUCUGAACAAAUUGCGACAGCAUAUGCAGAACUCAGAGAUGCCAGUUCAAAUGCAAAGACUGGAGGAACACUUCCGAUAACUGCCAGAACCUUAGAAACAAUUAUUCGUCUCUCAACUGCUCAUGCGAAAUUGAAGUUGAGCAGAAAGGUUACAAAAUCUGAUGUUGAUGCUGCCCUUCAAGUUUUAAACUUCGCAAUAUAUCACAAGGAGUUGACUGACAUGGAGGAAAGGGAGCAUGAACAAGAAAUGGAGAGGAACGGCAGAGAUGCUCAUCAUUCGGGUGAAAAUGAUGGGUCUCGCAAUAGAACCACUAACAGAGAUGGUGCAACAAUUGAUCCGAUGGAAAUAGAUGACCCUCCCACACAGACUGCUGCUAAUAUUUCUUCUGAUAGAAAAGAAGCAUUUAAUUCUCUAUUUGGUGGGCAUAUGCGAGAAAAGCGCUUGGAUAGCAUAUCUGUUGAGGAGAUUGAGAUGGCUGUCAAUGAAAGAGCAGAUUCCCCUUACUCAAGGGCGGAGAUAAUAGUCCUAUUAGAGAAACUUCAAGAGGAUAACAGAGUGAUGAUAGCUGAUGGAACGGUUGUUAUGAUCUCAUGAGUUGUAGGCUCACCUGCAACAUGUAAGGCAAGGGGAAGGAGAAAUCAGCAAACAGGGAUGGCAACAUUGGAGAGAAAUAUCAACUUUAGGUUUUGGCCUCUCUUGUAUCACUU